UUGAGAAUAGAAGAAGAGCGGGAGCGCUGUAGCACGUUAGUUAGUGGCUGCUGGUACCAUUUGGUUAAUCUUCUACAGCAUAUAAAGAGUUUGUCAGCGUCCUCAUCUCCAACAUGAACGGGCUGGAUGAACCAAUGGCACCACAAAACUUUCUUUACGGGUGUGUGCUGGAAGCUGGAAAGGAAGUGGUCUUCAAUCCUGACGACGAUGACUUGGAGCAUCAGCUGGAUCUGAGGAUGGUGUGUGUGGACCCCAGCACAAAAGAUGAACUUCAUAUGGUGGAGGUAGAAGGGCAGGACGCAGAGGGUCAGAAGGUCAAGGCAGUUCUGGUUUCACUUAAGCCCUCUACUUUGCCAAGUGCGUGUCUUGGUGGUUACACAAUCACACCCCCAGCAGUUUUCCGCCUGAAGGCAGGUUCUGGUCCGAUCCAUAUCAGUGGACAGCACCUUGUCAUGAUGGAUGCAGAUCAGUCUUUUGAUGAAGAUGAUGAGGAUGACGAUGAAGAGGAGGAAGAUGUCAAAACAUCAAAGAAAAGGCCUGCUGCUUCCCCUGCUGCAAAGUCUCAGAAAAAGAUGAAAAUGGAGGUGGAGGAAGAUGAUGAUGACGACGAUGAUGAUGAUGAAGACGAUGAUGAUGAUGAUGAAGACGACGAUGAUGAGGAUGAUGAUGAGGAUGAUGAGGACGACGAGGAGAGCACGGAAGAAGAAACGCCCGUCAAGGCCAAGGCAGCUCCGGCCAAACCUGCAGCAUCCAAGCAGACGCCAUCCAAAUCCAAAGCACCUGCACAGAAUGGCAAGAGUUCAAAACCAAACACUCCAGCCAAAAACCAGGAAAAGACACCUAAAGGAAAAGGUGACAAGUCUCCCAAAACCCCACCAACUCCCAAAGGACCUUUAAGUAUGCCAGAGAUCAAAGCCAAGAUGAUGGAGGCAGUGAAAAAGGGAGUAACAUUACCUAAAGCCCAGCCCAAGUUUGAGAACUUUGUGAAGCAUGGUCACAAGGUGACAGAUCCCAAGGUCAUUGCAGAGCUGUGGAAGUGGAGGCAGGCAUUGACGGAAUAACAGACGUUGCAGUUUUAUCUAUUUUUAUAACUUGUUUAUGCCCUUAGCACCUCUUAAACCCUCUGAAGCCAAACUGAGUGCCUCACACUUGUCCUUAAAUCGCUCUUUACGUAUAGUCCACUUCAAUUUGCCCUCCUGGAUGAAGAGAUUGGAGAGGUAGUGAUGGCCGGUGGCUGUGCAGUGCUGGUGCAUGGUCUAGCCACCUCCAUCACCCUCUUGUAAGAGCACAGGGUUUGGUUUGUUUUUGUUUAAUAAAUAAAUCCUUGCAUUGUUAUAAACUUAUGAUUCUUGGCACCAGAGAGUGGAGGAUGUUAUGUUUUUUUUCUUUUUCUAUCCCCCCAACUUUGGUAAAUUUGAUAUACUCUUAUUAAGAAACAGUUGAAAUAACCCAUCAUUACACAAUUAAAAGUGCAUACAAGCUCCAACUUUACUUAAUCCAUUUUCAAUGGGGAACUAAUACUGACAAUGCUCAGUGAAGUUCAUGUUUGGUUUAGUGUAAUUAAGAACAGGUAAAUUUGUCACCUUUUUCUAGAACAUUGUCGUUUGUUUAUUAUAAUGUGAGAUUUGUUGCAUCAUAAUCCUGUGACAGCGAUUUCUUUCCCUUCAAAAUGUGUUGGAGAUGUAUUUUUACCGUCCAAGGGGAAAACGAUUCAGCCAAUCGGUUUGGGCAAUGAACCUAGAAGUGGAGUAACAACACAUUUCAGCUCUGUGAAACUGUUUGCUCUGUGUUGCCAUGCCAACUGACAGCCCAGAGGCCAAAGGUUACAUGCUCAGUAACUGUAUGUGUGAGUUAAUUUGCAAAUGAGUUGUGUAAUGUUUCAUAGAAAUUUCUACUAGUAUCAAGUUUGAAGAAGAUGCAGUUUGACCAGCUGAGGGUAUUCUGUUCUCGGUGCAUGAGGCCUGUUAAAACACAAGACCAUUCCAUGCUGUCAAGUUUUUAUGACUUUUCAACAGACUGUCCCUCAAUUGAUAAAAUAAUAAAUGUGUAUCUUUCUGUUA